AUGACCUGUGUCGCUACGAUUAACGAACAUCUCACCGAGCUCAACAUCCUCGAGAACACGCUCCUCUGCUCGCCUCCUGCACUUUUAAAGAAUCUGAAGAUGGAUUUGGAAGACGACACUGCGGUCCUGGCCACCCUGAAGUCCUUCAACUCCUUCCUCAGUCAAUCAGAGCCUCAGCGAGCUGCGGGCCCGCCCACACUGCAGAACCAGUACAAGCGCAGCAUGGAGUUGUUGGACGCUGAAGAAAGGCUCCAGUCGAACGGCCGCUUCCUGCAGUUGGACCAGGAGAAGAAGCAGAUGGAACUUAGCCACAAGAAAGCCCGCCUGGAGCUGGAGAAGAGAGCCUCAGAGAGCGCACGAGAGCUGGAGUGCGAGCUGGACCGGAACCAGGGGCUGCACGAGCGCAUCAAGAGGCUGGAGGAGAGCGAAGCUGAAGCCCUGAGGAACGUGAGAGAUCAGCAGGACAUUCACCGUUCUCUGACAAAGACCAUAGACAACCUGAACAAGAGCCUGGACGAGAAGGAGGAGCGCAUCAGCUCUGCCAAUCAGACCAUCAGCUGUCUGCGAGACGACAUCCGUGAGCUGAAACUGCAGCUUCAGAGCCAGGAAUGCACCAUCUCCACCCAGAGUCUGGAGAGAGAGGAGCUGCAGGACAAAGUGCAGCUACUGCAGAGGAAGCACCAGGAGCUCUCCCAGCUGUGCCAGAGCCUGCAGGCGGCUCAGUCCACCUGUUCCGAGCACGUCCUCAAGAUCAAGGAGCUGGAACGACGUCUCGUCCUGCAGGAGCAGGACAUGUCCAUUGUGAAAACAGUGAAGGGUGAAGCGGCCAAGGUCCCUGAGCUGGAGAAGGAGCUGAAGAGGCUGCGAGAGGACAAUGCCUUCCUCAGGGAGAGCCGGGAGAAUUGCAGCCUGCUGAAAGAGGAGGCCGAGGGGUUGAGGAGGAAGCUGGAGAGGGCAGAGAAGGCCAAAGAGGAGCUGCUGACCCUGGAACUGGACAAAGAGAAGUUGUCUGUGAAGCUCCAGGCCUGGGAGAACCUGGGACAAUCCACUGGACUCAGCUUCAAGAGCCCUGAAGACCUGUUCAGAGAGGUGAUGCAAAUCCAGCAGAGAGAGGUUGCACUCAAAGAACAGAACUACACCCUGAACAGCCGUGUUCGGGGCAUGGAGCGGAGCCAGUCGGAGCUGAAAUGUGAGGCGUCUCAACAUAGGGCCAGCAGUGUGGAGGAGCAAAGAAGGAGGGAGGCCCAGGACUCACUGGUGCGCAGGCUGCAGAGAAGGGUGCUGCUGCUCACUAAGGAGCGUGAUGGGAUGCGUGGGAUCCUGGAGUCAUACGAUGGCGAGUUGGCCUCCACAGAAUACGCUCCUCAGCUUAGCAAAAGAGUGAAGGAGGCGGAGGACCUGCUGCACAAGAGCCAGGCCUACAGCUCAGACAUGGAGGUCCAGCUGAGCAAAGUCCAAGAGGAGUGUGGAGCUCUCCGCCAGCAGCUGCACGCAAUGGAGCAGGAGCUGACGAAGCUACAAGCCACAGCGGCAGAGAAUGUAUCCACGGCGAGCAGGGAGGAGCUUGCCAUCCUCAGACAGAAGAUUGAAGACUUGGAGGCGGAGAGACAGCGCUUGGAGCAGCACAGCAGCACACUGGAGAUGCGACUGGAGAAACACACUCUACAGGGAGAUUUUGAUCCAUCCAAAACCAAACUUCUGCACUUCAAGAUGAACCCAACAGCCGUGGCCAAGCAGCAGCGGCAGCAGGAAGUGGACAGUCUGCAGGAGGAGCUGACCCGACUCCGGGAAAUGGUUCGCGCCAUGCAGGAGGGUGGAUCCCAAGAUGAGAGCAGUGUGUUGGGGCUGAGUGUGAGCCUUCCCCCCUCUAAGGAGGUCCUGGAGCUCCGUAAGCAGAUGGAAAGUUCGGAGCUGAAGAAUCAGCGUCUAAAGGAGGUGUUCCAGAAAAAGAUCCAGGAGUUCCGGACUGUGUGCUACGUGCUGACAGGUUACCAGAUUGACAUCACCACAGCCAACCACUACCGACUGACUUCUGUGUACGCUGAGCACAUGGACGACUCGCUGCUCUUUAAGAAGGGCUCCAACGGCAGCAUGCAGCUUAUGGAGACAGAGUUCUCCAAGACGCUGGAGGAGAUGGUGUCUCUCCACCUGCACCACCAGAAGAGUAUCCCAGUGUUCCUGUCCACUGUGACCCUGGACCUAUUCAGCAAACAGACCAUGGCCUGA